CUGGGGCCCUUGGACCUCUUACGGACACACCUGGCUUUCCCCGACCUCGUGUGGUUUCCCUUCUCCCCUGAGCCCUUGCUAAGUCUGGAAAUCCAGGGUGGGUUCUGCUGGGAGUUAUAAGGUGAGACAGGGUUGCAGGCCGGGUGGGAGUGAAGAAUGGAGCCCCAGUUCACGCACUCUUCCCCGAUUGUUGGGGGCAGACCUGCCACCUGGAAGCCACCUUCCUCGUGCAUGGCACUCACAGUGGCAAGCAGAACUGGAUCCACAGGGAUCCUAGCUGGGUUGAGAUACCAGAUGCUAUCUUGCGGGGAGGUGGGGGAUGUCUCUCUGCCACCUAACUGUUUUAUCGGGUGCUAAGUCCAGGGCCCACAGGAAUGGUGCAAAAUCAGACCUCAGUGGCCAGUAGGUCACUGAGCCAGUGCCCAUGGUGUAAGUAAGUGCCUGUGUCCCCUCAGUGCCCAAUGUGUCUGGUGGGCAGCGUGAGAGGCGAGGUACCGUCUGGCUGGAUCGAGAGCCAAAGAGGUAAUGCUAAUGUCUUUUAAAAUUAGAAUGGAAAUGUUUGUUGCAGAGCAGAACCUGCGUCAGCCUAGAGUCCUGUGGGAAGGGACGGCUUUAUCCCAGCCUUUCAUUUUUAUUUUUGCACAUCCACUUUUCUUGAGCCGGUGGUGUGCUGACAGCCUCGCAGUGGCUCUGGCUGCCUGGCUGGGCCCAGUGCGGACACUACUGAGGGCCGCAGACCUCUCUGGGAGGGCAGGAGCUGCCCAGGAAGGAGCUUAAUUCCGUCGCUUCCGAGCUGUCUGCACGGCAGGAGGAGAGUGAACAUUCUCAUAAACAUUUAAUUGAACUCCGCCGGGAAUUUAAGAAAAAUGUACCUGAGGAAAUCAGAGAGAUGGUGGCACCCGUAUUAAAAAGCUUCCAAGCUGAGGUGGUGGCCCUUAGUAAGAGAAGUCAGGAGGCGGAGGCGGCUUUUCUGAGUGUUUACAAGCAAUUAAUUGAAGCACCAGCUCUCUCCAUCUCUGCAGACCCUGUGCCUGCGUUUGAGGUGGCACGCAGCCUAGACGACAGAUUGCAGCACCCCGGCUUCGACCCCAGUGCACAGCCCCGGCGAGACAUCCACAGCUUGUGGAAGAGGCACCCCGAGCUCCUCAGCCCCAAAGAGCAGAAAGAAGGGCCGUCCCCCACCGGGCCCACGCUGACCGAGGGGACCCGCCUCCCGGGUGGUGCCGGGAAAGCCCUCCUGACCGAAACCUUGCUGCAGAGAAAUGAGGCCGAGAAACAAAAGGGCCUCCAAGAAGUACAGAUCACUCUGGCAGCCAGACUGGGGGAGGCAGAGGAGAAAAUCAAGGUGCUACAUUCAGCGUUAAAGACCACGCAGACCGAGCUAAUAGAGCUGCGGCGGAAAUACGAUGAGGAGGCGGCAUCCAAGGCAGAUGAAGUCGGCUUGAUCAUGACGAACCUGGAGAAAGCUAACCAGCGUGCUGAGGCCGCCCAGCGGGAGGUGGAAAGUCUUCGGGAGCAGCUCGCCUCUGUCAACAGCUCCAUCCGCCUGGCCUGCUGCUCCCCCCAGGGACCCAGCGGGGAGAAGGUGGGCUUUGCACUGUGCUCAGGGCCUCGGCUGGAGGUGGCCCUGGCCUCCAAGGACAGGGAGAUCCUGCGGCUGCUGAAGGAUGCACAGCACCUCCGAAACUCGCUGCAGGAGCUGGAGGAGGCCUCGGCCAGCCAGAUCGCCGACCUGGAGCGGCAGCUCACGGCCAAGUCCGAGGCCAUAGAGAAGCUGGAAGAAAAGCUCCAGGCACAGUCGGACUAUGAAGAGAUUAAGACAGAGCUGAGCAUCCUGAAAGCCAUGAAGCUGGCCUCCAGCACCUGUGGUCUCCCCCAGCCCUGCUUCCUGUCUCCUCAGGGCAUGGCCAAGCCCGAAGACUCACUGCUCAUGGCGAAGGAGGCCUUCUUCCCUGCACAGAAGUUCCUUCUGGAGAAGCCCUGCCUCCUGGCCAGCCCUGAGGAGGACCCGUCAGAAGACGACUCCAUCAAGGACUCCCUGGGUGCCGAGCCGUCCUACCCCUCCCCACAGCAGCUCCCGCCUCCGCCUGGGCCUGAAGACGCCCUGUCCCCCGGCUCCGGGCAGCCCCUGCUGGGUCCCAGCCUAGGGCCUGAUGGCCCACGGACUUUUUCGCUGUCCCCCUUCCCCAGCCUGGCCUCAGGGGAGAGACUGGCUGGGGAUGGGCUGCUGCCCAAGCAUAUGAUGCCCCCAGCUGCCUUCAAGGGGGAGGCAGGCAGCCUGCUGGUGUUCCCACCAGCCUUCUAUGGCACCAAGACGUCUGCCACCCCUGCCACCCCAGCGCCUGGCCCCGAGCCCCCUGGGGUCCCUGAGCAGGCAGAUGGUGGCGGGGCCAUCACAGCGGCAGCUGGGGCAGAGGAGGAGCAGCUGGACACGGCGGAGAUCGCCUUCCAGGUGAAGGAGCAGCUGCUGAAGCACAACAUUGGACAGCGGGUAUUUGGCCACUACGUGCUAGGGCUGUCACAGGGCUCAGUCAGCGAGAUCCUGGCCCGGCCCAAGCCCUGGCGCAAGCUCACGGUGAAGGGUAAGGAGCCCUUCAUCAAGAUGAAGCAGUUUUUGUCGGAUGAGCAGAACGUGCUGGCCCUGCGGACCAUCCAGGUGCGGCAGCGAGGCAGCAUCACCCCGAGAAUCCGUACACCGGAGACAGGCUCAGACGACGCCAUCAAGAGCAUCCUGGAGCAGGCCAAGAAGGAGAUCGAGUCGCAGAAGGGGGGUGAGCCCAAGAACUCGGCGGCGCCCCCGAGUGUGGCCAACAGCACGGCGUCCGCCAGCACCUCGGAGGAUGCCAUCAAGAACAUCCUGGAGCAGGCGCGCCGCGAGAUGCAGGCCCAGCAGCAGGCCCUGCUGGAGAUGGAGGCCGGGCCCCGUGGCCGCUCGGUGCCCCCGUCGCCCCCCGACCUGCGGCCCUCGCUGGCGGCUGGGAGCCAGAACGGAGCGCCCGCCUUCGUCAAGCAGGAGGACGGCGUGGGCGGGGGCGGCGCCGCGCCAACGCCUCUCACGGUGCUGUCCCCCGCCGCCUUCGUGCAGAGCAUCAUCCGCAAGGUCAAGUCCGAGAUCGGCGACGCCGGCUACUUCGACCACCACUGGGCCUCGGACCGCGGCCUGCUCAGCCGCCCCUACGCCUCCGUGUCGCCCUCGCUGUCCUCGUCCUCCUCCGGCUACUCCGGCCAGCCCAACGGGCGCGCCUGGCCCCGCGCCGACGAGGCCCCCGCGGCCCCCGAGGAUGAGGCGGCAGCGGCGGAGGACGAGGCGGCCCGGGCCGGCGAGCUCAAGGCCGAGGGUGCCGAGGCGGGCGGCGGGCGGCUGGCCUACUACCCGGCCUACGUGCCGCGCGCGCUCAAGCCCACCGUGCCUCCGCUCACGCCCGAGCAGUACGAGCUGUACAUGUACCGCGAGGUGGACACGCUGGAGCUCACGCGCCAGGUCAAGGAGAAGCUGGCCAAGAACGGCAUCUGCCAGCGCAUCUUCGGCGAGAAGGUGCUGGGCCUGUCGCAGGGCAGCGUGAGCGACAUGCUGUCCCGGCCGAAGCCAUGGAGCAAGCUGACGCAGAAGGGGCGGGAGCCCUUCAUCCGCAUGCAGCUGUGGCUCUCAGACCAGCUCGGCCAGGCCGUGGGCCAGCAGCCCAGCGCCUCCCAGGCCAGUCCCACGGAGCCCAGGUCCUCACCAUCACCACCCCCGAGCCCCACAGAGCCUGAGAAGAACUCCCAGGAGCCCCUGAGCCUGGCGCUGGAGAGCAGCAAGGAGAACCAGCAGCCAGAGGGCCGUUCUGGCUCCACGCUGGGCGGGAAGAUGUACUCGGGCAGCCAGGCCACAGGGGGCAUCCAGGAGAUUGUGGCCAUGUCCCCAGAGCUGGACACCUACUCCAUCACCAAGAGGGUCAAGGAAGUCCUCACGGACAACAACCUAGGGCAGCGGCUGUUUGGAGAGAGCAUCCUGGGCCUGACACAAGGCUCCGUGUCUGACCUGCUUUCUCGGCCCAAACCCUGGCACAAGCUGAGCCUGAAGGGGAGGGAGCCCUUUGUCCGCAUGCAGCUGUGGCUCAGCGACCCCCAUAAUGUGGAGAAGCUGAGGGACAUGAAGAAGCUGGAGAAGAAAGCCUACCUGAAGCGCCGCUAUGGCCUGAUCAGCACGGGCUCCGACAGUGAGUCCCCGGCUGCGCGCUCUGAGUGCCCCAGCCCCAGCCUGCAGCCGCAGGACCUGAGCCUCCUACAGAUCAAGAAGCCCCGAGUGGUGCUAGCGCCUGAGGAGAAGGAGGCGCUGCGGAAGGCCUACCAGCUGGAGCCCUACCCCUCACAACAGACCAUUGAGCUGCUGUCCUUCCAGCUCAACCUCAAGACCAACACGGUCAUCAACUGGUUCCACAACUACAGGUCCCGGAUGCGCCGGGAGAUGUUGGUGGAGGGAACCCAGGAUGAGCCAGACCUCGACCCCAGUGGGGGUCCUGGUGUCCUGCCGCCAGGCCACUCCCACCCGGACCCCACCCCACAGAGCCCAGACUCGGAGGCUGAGGAUCAGAAGCCCACUGUGAAGGAGCUGGAGCCACAGGAGGGCUGUGAAGAUGGUGGCACAGCCCUGGCUGCCCCGGACAGGGUCCACGUGCAGAUCAAGCAGGAACAGACUGAGGAGGAUGCGGAGGAGGAAGUGGCCGGCCAGCCCCAGGACUUAGGGGAGCUGGACAAAGGCCAAGGGCCUCCCAAAGAGGAGCAUCCUGGCCUCCCGAGUAGUGAAGAGCUCCCAGAGGCCGCCACAGGGCCCCUCCUUCCAGGGGGGCCCACCCCAGACUGCGCCUCACUUCACCCCGCCCAGGAGAAUGAGGCCAGGGAGCGGCUGCACUCGGACCCUCUAAGUUUUAAGUCGGCCUCAGAGUCCUCACGCUGCAGCCUGGAGGUGACUCUGAACUCACCCUCUGCAGCAUCCUCACCUGGUCUCCUGAUGUCUGUGUCACCUGUCCCCUCUUCCUCGGCUCCCAUCUCCCCAUCCCUGCCCGGCGCCCCCCCUGCCAAAGUGCCGAGUGCCAGCCCCCCUGCUGACACGGCCGGGGCCUUGCACCCCAGCGCCAAGGUGAACCCCAAUCUGCAGCGGCGGCAUGAGAAGAUGGCCAACCUGAACAGCAUCAUCUACCGACUGGAGAGGGCUGCCAACCGGGAGGAGGCCCUGGAGUGGGAGUUCUGAGGGUGGGGUGAGGGGCCAGGGCACACCCAUGACCACCACCCUCCGCCACCCACUCUCCUGGACAGAAUGCCCCGUCCGAAUGUGGACAGCAAUGUUAUGCCGUUUACGUUUUUUGUUGUAACCCUAGUGCUAUGAAGCUGUGAGUGCGCAGGUGAGGCAGAUGCAUCACCCCUUCCUUCGGCAGCCCCUGCCCAGGGGCCCAGGAAUCCUGCCCUCCUCCCCACCUGUGCCCCUCCGCAGGAGGCAGGAGCAAAAUGGCACCACAUUUUCACCCCAAAACUCCAAACUCUUUUAGAGAAAUAAAGAAAUAUUUAUAGACCUCUUUUAGAUAUUUUAAUAAAGGAUCCUUUGGAAUUUAUUCCCAGCUAAUGCUGUUUUGAUAUUACAGAGUUAUGAAAUCAGGAUGCUGUCACAACUGUUGCAAAGUAUACACUGAAGUUGUGUCGUUUUUUUGUUGUUUUUUUUUGCCACUAGAUGAGAUUAAAAGAAGAUAAUUGUUCAAAGCCAUCAUAAAACACUGUAAGACUGACCAAAUUUAGAUACCCUUCGAACCACGGUUUUUCCCCACACCCGUCUGUGAGACACAGUGCAUUGCUACUGCCCUUCUAGAAACCGUGCCGAAAGGAGAAAAGUCCAAAAGACUCUAAAUAAAACCUCGAUGCUGUUGAGGAUGUGUUCCAUUCUGGUGGUCUGUCUGCAACCUUGAGAACCCAGACUGCCCUGUGCUGUGGUCACUGUUGCAGAGAUGCGGCCCAGCCGUCCCAUAGGAGAUGCAACACAGUGCAACGCGAACUGCUCACACUCCCCGAGUCAGAAAGCUGUGGGCACAGGGGUCAGACAUCCACCUUGUCCAUCUGCAGACAAGACCUAGGACAGCCGAGUGUGGGGGCCAAUGUCAGAGUCACGCCGGGGCCAGAGUGACCCCAUUUCCCAACCUGAGUCAUGGCCACCCCAGGAAGCUUCCCCACUGGGAUGAGCACAGGCAUUCCAGAGAUGACUGCAGCUGCCAUCUUCCCUCCUACGUUUGGAGAAAGUGACAGUGUUGGUCACCCCACAAGCACUGAAGCUCAGCAACCAGCGCCAAAAAGUAGACUCAUCAAACCAGAAAACCCCAACUCCUCUUUUUGCCAUCUUUGUCUUAAGUUUGACCUUGGUGGUAUCGCCGGAAGGUGUCGUCUGCAGCUCCCAAGUCUACAUGAAAGUCUGGACUGUCCCCAUGUCCACGCUCACCUUCCUUUCCAACACAUGGGCUUCUGGGAGCAGAGACUCAACUCCCCAAUCUGAGGACCGCCUCCUCCAGCAUCUUCGUCAGAGCUUCUAGGGAGAGAGGGCACCAUAUUGGUUGUUGGACCGCUCUAGUUUUUACUUCUUUUUUCAAAUUCUGUGGGAAGGGUGAAUUGGGUGGCACCCCAGAAGGAAAAUGAAAAGGUGACCAUAAUGUGUCAGGGGGAGAGGGACAGAGUGAGAUGGAUGCCAUAAACAUUUGGAACCACACAGGCAAAACCCCGUGACCAGCAAGGGACUGUUCCAGAAAUCUCAACUCUCAUGCACCCAGCCAGGCUGCAGUCUCCACACCAAACAGUCAACAUCCAACAUGCCCUGAAGGAGGACCUCCUUUUCCAUACACCCAGGCUAUGCAUUGAAGAGUUUUCCACUGUAGACAUUUUUAUCCAGAUGAAGGUAUUUUUAUAUUGUGACAAUAGGAAACAGUGACCAAUUUUCAGAGUAGCCCAGUCUGGAACAAAUGAAACAUCUCCUUUUAGCUACUAGCACCCUGUUGCAAUUAGACACCCAUGGGGGAAACACACCACUUUGUACUCUUGAAACCAACACAAGUGUUCAAAUCCAGGCUUCCAUGCAAACUGCGAUUCUUCGAGAACUCACUUAGGCUUUAGUGUGACGGGAUUUGAUCAAGCACUUAGUCUAGUCUUUUGAACACAGAAAUCCUGUUAUACUUAAAGCUGGUGGACCCGUGAACACCUUUGUCUGGUUCACGUCCUGCAACGGUUAAAUAAAUAAAUAAAUAAAUAAAUCCACAAAACUGUUUCUAUGAAAGAUUGAUGAACUUUGUUUAAAAUUUUAAAAAAAAAGGAACCCAUUCUGUAAACGAGUCGCUAAAUAUAGAAUUGUAUAAUAAU